UGGUUCUUCUUGUGAUUGGUCUAACUUGGUUACUUGAUUUCUCCAUAUUUAGAUCGGGAAUCCACUUCUCAUGCUUGACCGGGAUGUUCCCGCAACAUAUGAAUUCUUUUGGUCACACGGGAUGAUUUCUGAUGAAGUCGGGCUUACCAUCAUGAAUGAAUGCGAUUUCAAUGACUAUACCUUUGAAAGUCCCCAUAAUGUAUCCCAGUCCUGCAACGAUGCCAUAGCUGAAGCAAAUAGCAUCGUUGGUGAUUACAUAAACAAUUAUGAUGUCAUUCUAGAUGUCUGUUAUCCAUCUAUUGUUGAACAAGAACUGCGAUUGCGGAAAAUGGCCACAAAGAUAAGUGUUGAUGUGGAUGUGUAUGAGCCUUGAAAGGCGUUUCUACUUUAACCUCCCUAAGGUUCAGAAGGCACUUCAUGCCAAUCGCACCAAAUUACCUUAUCCUUGGACCAUGUGCAGUGGGUAAGCAGAUCCACCACUCUCUUCCCUCUUUUGAAAUACUAG